ACCCACAUUUUGCUUUUUCUCUUUGUUAUGUUUUUUAUCGAUCUGUGGUGGGUAAAAUUAUGUAAUCCAAAGUGCUAAUACUCACAAAUUAUAUAGCCAUUCACCGCAAGAGGGCACGCGACCAAAACACCGUCAGCUGAUUCUCAUGCGCACGCAUCCACGUUCAUUCAUUAUCUAGUUAUCAACAUCUAAUUUCCCUUCGACUGGAAAAAAGGUCCUCCCACCACGGAGCAAGCAUGGAAGAAGACGAAACAGACAGCGGGUAUGCGACAUCAGUCAACGAACACACACGGAUGUUGGAGACGGAAAGGAUGACGACCCAUGUGGAUAUUACCAACUCACCCUCUAGUAGACAUUCCAUUAAAAAUCUAAGAAAGCCAUCUUCAUUGCAAGUCAAACUUGAAAAACAGAGAGAGGCAGUAAGGAACCCUCAUCACAGACCGCUCAACUCACCAUCACCAGUGGAAUCUCAGCCGAGGCGGUCAAUACUAGUGACAAGAGAAAGAUUGGCAGUACCAUGGAAAGCUUCAGCCUUAGAUAGAGAACCAAGUGAACAACCUUUAGUCUCCAUAGAUAGUGAAAGGUAAGUCAAACAACCAUAGCUUCAUCAACCUUCCGUGUAGCACAAUAUGAAAGACUUACAUUAAGUUUCCAGGUCUCCCACAGGCAGCAAACCAAUGACCCACCAGAAAUUUAUUUCAAGCUUGCCUUUGUGUCACAGGGAUAAGGGAAAUGUAUGGUGGUGAUAUUUCCUUUUAUGGAGUGGUUGUUGGAGUGAGCAAUGCAUUACAUAAGACCUGACUAGGGCUGCGACGAGUAGUCAAAUGCUCGAGUACCCGCACUGUUGACAACUACUCGAGUACGAUUUCUCGUACUCGAA